CUCACUAAAUAAUAUGCUGCAACGAGAAAAACAACAACAACAACAACCCCGUGUGUAUACAAGUGUGCGUGUAGCCUUGAUGCAUCGCCCACGUUGAAAAAAAUAUGCUGCAAAAAGUGUAAAAAAAAAGGAACGAUUUUCUGUAUUCUCCAAUUUGUUUGUGUGUGUGUUCCAUUGUUUGGCAGCGGUUUUUUUUUUUUUUAUUGUUAACCUAUUCCGACCGAUUCGGGUACAAUUUCCAAUUUCCUGCCGCCAUCGCUCUCCGGCUCUUCUUCUUCUUCCAUUAACCCAUUGCUGGCCGUGCUAAGUGAAUUUUCCUACGCGGCAUUUGUUAGGGUUGAUUUUCACCACGUGGUGAGCGGAUAGACACGAGAUAAUCGUAAAUCAUCGCCAGAAAUCGUGAGAAAACCACCGGGGAGUCCGAUCCACAAAGAGAGAGAGAGGAGCCAAGAUUUCGGGCAACAUGAUGGAUGCACAGAACAUCCACUUACAAAAUGGUGGCAGCUGCGAGGUGGUUCAGUCCAACGGGGUGACCACCAACGGACACGGACACCACCACCACCACCACCACAGCAGCAGCAGCGGGAGCAGCAGCAGCAAGCAUAAAUCCUCCAGCAAGGACAAGCACCGUGAUAAGGACAGGGAGCACAAGAGCUCCGGAUCCUCCAGCUCGUCGAAGGAUCACAAGAGCAGCAGUCGCGACAAGGAUCGGCACAAGAGCAGCAGUAGCUCGUCGUCCAAGCAUCGGGACAAGGACAAGGAACGCGACAGCAGCAGCAACUCUCAUCGCAGCAGCUCUUCGUCCAGCCACAGGGUCAAGGAUGGGAGCAGCAGCAGUAGCAGCAAGCACAAGUCCUCGUCGUCAUCGUCCAGCUCCGGCCACCACAAGAGCUCAUCGAAGGACAAGGAGCGCCGCGACAAGGACAAGGAUCGCAGCAGCAGCAGCUCCUCCAGCCGGCACAAGUCCUCCUCGUCCAGCUCCCGUGAUAAGGAGCGCAGCAGCAGCAGUCAUAAGAGCUCAUCCUCAUCAUCCUCAUCGAAGAGCAAACAUUCCAGCUCGCGGCACAGCAGCUCUUCGUCGAAGGAUCCGCCGUCGUACGAUGGAGUGUUUGUCAAGCCGGAGCCCGUUUCCCAACCGUUAAUGCACUCGGGCCCGGCCGAUCCCUUUCACAUGCAGCAGCUCGACGGCUAUCAGGCCACAGCCGCCAUCAAUUGCAAUGGCAAUGGCAAUGGGAACGAUGGGAACAAUGGCAUCAACUACAAGAACGGCUACGAGGAAUCGAUUGUGGACAUCAAGAAGGAGGACGAGAGCUUCAACAAUCUGUCGCAGGCCAGCUCCUGUGAUUACUCCAUGUCCCAGUUUCGUGCCGACGAGCCGCCGUUCGAGGUGAAGCACGAGCAGAGCUACGCCGAAGAGGAUAGCACCAUGAACAACAAUGAUCAGGAUGAGGAGAACGAUCACGAGGAGAUGGACGACGACGAGGAGGAUCUGCCGCUGGCCAUGCGCAAGCGCAAGCAGGAGGCACCCGAUCAGGCCGAUGGCGGCAUGGAUGACGACGACGACAUUCCGCUGCUGGCGCGCAAGAAGGUCAAGAAGGAGCCCAAGGAGAAGUCCAAGAAGAAGCGGGUCAAAGAGGAGGCCGAGGACGAUUACGGCAGCGUCAAGCCCAAGAAGAAAAAGAUCAAAAAGGAAGCCGAGGCUAAGACCGAGGUCGUAUCGCCCACCAAACGCCAGAAGGUCAAGGAGGAGGAGGAGGAGGUGUGGAGAUGGUGGGAGGAGGAGAAGCGCGCAGAUGGCGUCAAGUGGUCAACGCUGGAGCACAAGGGACCCGUCUUCGCUCCGCCUUACGAGCGGGUGCCACGCAACGUGCGGUUCUACUACGAUGGCAAGCCCCUUGAGCUCUCCGAGGAAACGGAGGAGGCGGCCACCUUCUAUGCAAAGAUGUUGAACCACGACUACUGCACCAAGGAUGUGUUCAACAACAACUUCUUUAAGGACUUCCGCAAGUCGAUGACGUCCAAGGAGAAGGAGAUCAUCAAGGAUUUCCGCAAGUGCAACUUUCAGGAGAUGUUCAACUUCUUCCAGGCGGAGUCGGAGAAACGCAAGGCGGCCACCAAGGAGGAGAAGCUGAUCAAGAAGAACGAGAAUGAGGCCCUGAUCAAGGAGUUUGGUUUCUGUAUGAUUGACGGCCACAAGGAGAAGAUCGGCAACUUCCGGCUGGAGCCACCGGGCCUGUUCCGCGGCCGUGGUGAGCAUCCCAAAAUGGGCAUGAUCAAGCGGCGCAUCCAUGCCAGCGAUGUGUCCAUCAACUGUGGCAAGGAUUCAAAGGUGCCGUCGCCGCCCAGCGGAUCGCGCUGGAAGGAGGUGCGCCACGACAAUACGGUCACCUGGCUGGCCUCCUGGAUCGAGAACGUACAGGGGCAAGUCAAGUACAUCAUGUUGAAUCCCUCCUCGAAACUCAAGGGCGAGAAGGAUCACAUCAAGUACGAGACGGCGCGCCGCCUGGACAAGGUUAUCGAUAAGAUCCGGGCCACCUAUCGCGACGAGUGGAAGUCCAAGGAGAUGAGGGUUCGCCAGCGGGCGGUGGCCCUCUACUUUAUCGACAAACUGGCACUGAGAGCGGGCAACGAAAAGGAUGAGGAUCAGGCGGACACCGUGGGCUGUUGCUCGCUGCGCGUGGAGCACGUCCAGCUGCACAAGGAGCUCAACGGCAAGGAGAACGUGGUGGUGUUCGACUUCCCCGGUAAGGAUUCCAUUCGCUACUACAACGAGGUCGAGGUGGAGAAGCGCGUCUUCAAGAACCUCGAACUGUUUAUGGAGCACAAGAAGGAGGGCGACGACCUCUUCGAUCGACUCAACACUCAGGUGCUCAACGAGCAUCUCAAGGAGCUGAUGGACGGACUUACGGCCAAGGUAUUCCGUACGUAUAACGCUUCGAAAACACUGCAAAGCCAGCUGGAUCUGCUUACCGAUCCGAGUGCCACGGUACCGGAAAAGCUGUUGGCCUACAAUCGCGCCAAUCGUGCCGUAGCCAUCCUCUGUAACCAUCAGCGUUCCGUGCCCAAGGGCCACGAGAAAUCGAUGGAGAACCUGAAGGAGAAAAUCAAGACCAAGCGUGAUGCCAUCGACGAUUGCGAGGCCGAAUAUCAUGAUAUGAAGAAGGCCGCCAAACGUGGCUCCGUCAAGGAGAAGGUCCUGGCCGACAAGAAGGGCAAACAGCUGGAGCGCCUGAAGGAUCAGCUGAAGAAACUAGAAUUACAAGAGACUGAUAGAGACGAGAAUAAGACCAUUGCCCUGGGCACAUCUAAGCUAAACUAUCUCGAUCCACGCAUAUCGGUGGCUUGGUGUAAAAAGAACGGAGUGCCGAUCGAAAAGAUAUUUAACAAAACGCAAAGAACCAAAUUUAUGUGGGCCGUGCACAUGGCCGAUGAGAAUUAUCGUUUUUAAAUGGGUUCUCCUCACUGGCACGCCUACAAAACUGACACGCCCCCCCUCUAUUACACAGAUACACACACACACUCAAAGGAGCGCAGACAGCGCAGGUUGAAAAACUAGAAACCACGAAAAACCACACCCACCAAAAGGCCGGUUUGCAAGUCGAUUCCCCAGGUUAAUUCCCAUACUUUGCCCAAGAGUUUAUGCAAUGAGUAGUGCAUAUGUCCAGCUUUCGGGAAAGUUCAGGUAUCUCUCGGAACUAUCCUCCAAAAAGAAAGAGACGGAUGUACCGAAACCAGGGAUCUGCUUGCCUGCGUCUGUUUUGUCUGCUUUAAAUCGUUGUUUGAUUGUUUCACGUGCGCACUACGCUGAAGUCUAACUUGCGAAAUGUACACACCAAACACACGCUCACACUUCUAUACGGUUAUAUAUAUAUCGAUCGCUAUAUAUAUAUAUAUUAUAUACCAAUUUUUAAUAAACACCAAGAGAAGAAGAGAAACCUGUGCAAGACGUCGUCGCCACCUAAAAACAAAAUAACAUAAUUUUCUAUGUUACCGUCUACGAAGCAACAAUUUUUUUUUGUCAAAAAUGACUUCUCUUACAUAUAUUAUAAUUUUAUAUAUAAAUUAAAUACACAAAAACAAAAAAACGAAAAAAAGAAACUACAAUCGCAAACAAACAAAAAAUAAUACAAUUACAAGUUUUUUAUGUUUACAUUUAGUUGAUUUUUGUUUAGCGAAAAAUGUUUUUCACUAUUAAUUAAAAUUAAUUAUACAAGUACUACGAUAACGUAUUUAAGUGCUAAUUGAACAGAGAAACCUUGUAGACCAACUUUUAGCAUAGCAUAAUUUAUUCAAUUCAACUCUGAUCCAGCGCAACUUACCGCCCCAAGAAAACGAAGAACAAAACCCUGUGCAUGUCGAGGUGAUUUUGUUUUGUACCUUAUGAUUUUAGUUAAAAUUAAAAUAAACGAAUGCUAAAUUCA